AUGGAAGAAGAACAAGUUUAUCAAAAAGCAUAUGAAUGCUUUCAAAGAAAAGAAUUUGAACAAUCUUUAAAAUUAUUAAAAGAGAUCAAAGAAAAGAACCAAUAUCAAUCUACUGUAGAGAUUCAAAUGAAUAUAUUAGUUGCAGAAUUUUAUAAUAGAAAUUGUUUAAAUCAUUUAAAAUUAAUUGAAGAUUUAAAUCAGUUAUUAAAAUCAUUAGUAACAAAUAAACAACAUCAACCACAACAACAACCAUCACAAGACAAUUCAUCACCAAUAUUAUCAUCAACAUCAAUAACAUCACCACCACCACCAACCAUUGGUUUAGAUUCACAGCCACAAUCAACAACAACAACAACAUCAACAUCAACAACAUCAACAACAUCAACAACAUCAACAACACAAACACAAACAAUUAAUGAUUUACUUGACAAUGAACAAGCAUUAAUAUUAUAUAAUCAAGCAGUUAUUUAUUUUAAUAUUAAACAACAUGGAUCAAGUUAUAAAAUAUUAGAACAACUUUUUUCACAGGUUUUAUCUUUUGAUGACUUUUUAGGCAUUAGAAUUUGUUUACUCUUUAUAAAUGUUACAAUAGAAGGUCAACUUUAUGAUAAGGCAUAUUCUAUUUUACUUUUUUUAGAUAAAUCUUUUGACCAUUUUUUUUAUAUUAGUGGCGAUAAUGAACAAACAAAUAACAAUAACUAUCAAAAUACACAAAUGACUCCAACUGAAUUUAAAUUUUUAAUUCAUUUUUAUAAAUCUAAAAUUUAUUUAUUAUCCAAUUUACAUUAUUUAAAAGCAUAUGAAGAUAUUGAAAAAGCAUUAGAAUUAAGUUUAAAGAUUGACUAUUCACCAUUAAUAGGAUCAUGUAAUUCAUUAAAAGCAAAUUACUUUAGUAUGAAAUUAGAUACACAAAAUACAAUAAAACAUUUAUUAUCAUCAAAUAUAUCAUCAACAACAACAACAACAACAACAACAACAAACUCAAUAGUAAAAUCAUCACUUUCAUUUGGUAAUGAUUUAAUUAUGGAGUCAAUAACACCAGGUAUCUUUUAUAAUAAUAUUGGUUCAUUACAUUUUAAUAUUCAAGAUUAUACAUUAGCAAAUUAUUAUUUUUCAAAGUCAUUAAAAGAAACACAACCAACUUCAACUUCUUCAACAACUGCCACAGCAACCACAACCACAACACCACAAACAUUAAUAUCAACGGAUAAAAGAGCUCAAGUAUUUUUUAAUACAGGUAUAGUUUUAAUGGCAAGUGGAAAGUAUGAAUUAGCUUUCUCUUGUCUUCAAGAAUCUUGUAUUUUAUUAAGAUGUAGUCCUUUGGUUUGGUUAAGAUUAGCUGAAUGUUGUAUAUUAGCACAUCAAAAUAAAUUAAAGGAUAAAUUAUCACAAUCAGAUAAUUCUACUACUGAUGAUGAUAAUAGUAAUAAUAAUAUUGAUGGUUCUAUAGAAAAAGAUAAUGAAAAGGAUACUAGCGAAAAGGAUAAUAUUAGAUAUAGGCAAUCACAAACACAAACACAAACACAAACACAAUCACAAUCACAAUCACAAUCACAAUCACAAUCACAAUCACAAUCACAAUCACAAACACAAACACAAUCUCAACCUCAACAAACUCAACAACAUCAACAACAACAACCACAACAACAACCACCACAACAACAAUCACAAUCACAACCUGAAGUUAAUGAUAACUUUGAAAGUAAUAUAGAGAAAAUUAAAGGAAAAGAGGAUGAAGAAGAUGAAGAAGAAUUAAUUUUUGGUAGAAUUAAAAUUUUAAAUGAUUCUAUUUUAUUACCAAUCGUAAGUGGUCUUCAUAAAGGUCUUCAAAUUGGUGAUAGUGAUGUUGUUCAAUCUAGUCUUUCAGCUUCUGAUGAUAUGGAAGAGUCUUUAAGUAGACUUGGUACUUUAUCACUAGACUUUGCAAAUAAAUGUUUAAGAAAUGCUCAUUACUUGGAAAAAUUAAUUUUACAAAAAAAGUCUGAAAGAAAUCAAUCAAAAAAUAAUAAUAAUAAUAAUAAUAAUAAUAAUAAUAAUAAUAAUAAUAAUAAUAAUAAUAAUAAUAAUAAUAAUAAUAAUAAUAAUAAUAAUCAAAAUAAUGAAGAUAGAGAAAUGGAAAAUGAAGAUGAAUUAUUUCAAGAAUAUCAUAAUGAUUUAUUAUUAUCAAUUUUAGCAUCACAAGCAUAUGUUUCACUUUGUACACGUAACCCUAUUUUAGCAUUAUCGGCAUCUCAACAAAUUUUGAAUAUUUAUUCACAGAAUGAAAUUAAUAAUAAAAAUUCAACAACAACAACAUCAACAACAACAACAACAACAACUACAACGAUACCAAUUAAUCCGAAAUAUAAAUAUUAUGCACAUUUAUAUGCAACCGAAGCAUGUUUAUUUUUAAAUUUACAAAAACAAGCAAUUCAAUUUCUAUCUUUAGAUUUUAUUCAACAAUUACAACAACAACAUCAACAAUAUCAACAACAACAGCAACAACAACAGCAACAACAACAUACAUCUUUAGCAUUGGAUUUGGAAUCAUCUAGUACACUUUAUUUAAAUCUGGCAAUAGCUCAUUUAAUUAAUAAUGAUUUUGAAAGUGCAGAGAUAUCAAUCCAACAGUUACAAUCUUAUUUGGUAAAUCAAUACAACCAAUAUCAUAAUUUUUAUAGUCAAAAUCAACAAAUGAUUCAAUUGCAACAACUAUAUGAAAUUUCAAAAAAAAUUAAUUUAUUAAAAGUUUAUAUCGAGUUAAGAAAAGGAAAUACAGAAAAUGCAUUAAAUAUAAUUUUAAGUGGAAGACCUUCUCCAAAUUAA